UCUUUCAUUCUAUUCAAUAUCAUUAAAACAUCAUACAACUUACAAACUUUAGUUUCUAAAGAGUUAUUCAUCCAAAUUUUAUUAGAAAAUACAAGACAAAAAAAUGUUGGCAAUAUUCAACAAGGGAUUGGUGGAUCCACCAAAGGAGCUCAACAGCCCGAAUUCACACUCAACCGGGUCGGGUUAUAAACCCAAAUACCCUGAAGAAAUUGUGAGGAUGUUUCAACAAACUUAUUCCCAUAAUGCCCCUCUUUCAAUGGGUUUUGGCAAUUCUGCAUUUCUUGCUUACUCUUCCUCCAAAGGCCCUCAACUUCACCAACAAAGGAUUUUCUGUGGAUUGGACAACAUUUACUGCAUAUUUAUGGGGCAUUUGAACAACUUGAACACCUUGAUCAAGCAAUAUGGGCUAGGAAAGGCUACAAAUGAAGCCAUGUUUGUCAUUGAAGCUUACCGGACCCUCCGAGACCGCGGCCCAUACCCGGUUGAUCAAGUACUUAAGGAUCUUGAAGGGUCCUUUGGAUUUGUUAUCUAUGAUGGAAAUGCUGGAACUGUCUUUGCUGCUCUGGGGGCUGAUCAAAGAGUGCAACUUUUUUGGGGAAUUGCUGCUGAUGGAUCUGUGGUUAUAUCUGAUAAUGUGGAUGUUAUCAAAGCAAGUUGUGCUAAAUCAUUUGCAUCUUUUCCAUCAGGAUGUAUAUUUCAUAGUGAAAUAGGGCUAACAAGCUUUGAGCAUCCGAAGAAUAAAAUGAAGGCAAUGCCAAGAAUAGACAGUGAAGGUAUAAUGUGUGGAGCCAACUUUAAAGUGGAUGUCAGCUCCAAAAAGAUCACUAUGCCUAGAGUUGGGAGUGAAGCUAAUUGGGCCUUUGCUGGUUCUCAAACUUGAAUUAUUGUAAUUUAAGUGAGACCAUUUUUUCUACUAAUCUUGUUGAUUUUGUGGUCUAACUUUUUAAUCAAGGCUUUUUUAUUUUUA